AUGCAAAAGCGAAGUCCUUUAUUUUAUUUAUCAUUCAGAUCCGUUUUCACCAUCACAUCGAUUGAUUUUGAAUUUGGUUUGAUUACUUCCACUUAUUUAUCUGAAGUUGAAACAGAAGAAGAUCUGUCAACACUUUCUAAUUUAAGAAGAUCCAACAUAUGUGACGUGGCUUUGGUUGAGUUUUAA